GGACCAUCAAACACGUUACAGGUUCAUCAUCGGCUACUGCAGGAGCAGGCGGAAUCUUGGGUGACGAAGAUCAAGACGAGGACGACGAUGGUAAAAAUAAUGCUCGUCCGGCUUCUACUGGUAGUCGGCAAACGCAAAGUCGAAAGUUAGUUGAGCAGCAAGAGAUGAGAGUUGAAACUGCAGCUUUACAGGACUUUGGGGGACACACGCACAACCACGACUACUACCAGUUCCACCGAUUCUUGCAGCCAGAGGAUACAGAAUUGUGGCAGAAGUGGCUUCGAAGGUGUAGGCACAGUAGCUGGGACUUCUUCGAUGGCAUGUUGAUGUUGCGACGUGGUCUGGACGGCGCCCUGCUAGAAUCUUUCGCAGACGACGACGAGGAGAAAGGAGCCGCAACGAUCAUUCACAGGAGCGCAAGACGAAGAUGACUGACUCUACUGGAAAAAAUCGUUCAAG